AUGAGCACGGCGAAUGGCGAGGAAUGCAAACUGCUGCACAGUUCCCCCAGCAAAAAGAAGGACCUAAGCAAUGACACAUGCGCAGCUAAGGAGAAAGAAGCAAGCAAAAGAAAACAGUCAUUCAACGACUUCGAACUCGAAAUUGAGGAUGACAUUAUCACCCACUUGUCUUCUCGCAUAUGCAACAAAAAUGUUACACAUAAAAUAAUCAAGAUCAACAAUUUAAUAGAUGACCAGAUGUAUGACUUCAUCGCGAAUGGUCGAACAUCCGAGAUAAGUGAAUCGAACGAUGAGAGUGAUGCCCACGAAGGUGUUGAGAGAGCACACUUAAAUUUACGUAAUGGUUAUGCGGGUUGUGAAAAUGGGGAUGAAUCUUCCAGCAACACCCUUUCGCAUGGUCACCCCGAAAGGAAGGCCAUUUCAUCAUCUGAGGACGUGCCCAUGUAUGAGGUUAACAAAGACGCGCAAGGAAAGAGCAAAGAGAAAGAAGAACACCUUGCGGAUGGGCGCACCCACUUUGACAGAAUAAAAAUGAUGAACUUGCUAGGCGAGAACACAAUUCUGUACAACAGCCGGGAUGAUCAGAACAACGUACUCUUUCUGUGCUACGAUGAAAAGAGCGAACAGUGCGAUGUGUGCGAUAGAUACAGGAAAAAUUACAUGUCCAAUAUGCAUCCGUCCAGUUGCGCCCACCUGCGGGGGGGAGACGCGACGAACGGGAUUGCCACGACCAACGGGAUUGUCACGACCAACGGGACAGCCGCGAUGAACGGGACAGCCGCGAUGAACGGGACUGCCACGACGAGCGGGAUUGCCACGACGAACGGGAUUGCCACGACGAACGGGAUUGCCACGACGAACGGGAUUGCCGCGAUGAACGGGACUGCCGCGAUAAACGGGACUGCCGCGAUGAACGGGACUGCCGCGACCAACGGGACUGCCGCGAUGAACGCACUGAGCGACUACUUCUUCGUGCUGGGGUCAACUUCCAACUCGAGGAAAUACAUACUGAAGCAGAGCAGCCUCGACUUCCUCUCAGUGCGCAUACACAUCGAUGAGAAAAAAAUCGGAUGCAGGAAAAGCCACGACCCACUCACCCUAACGUCCAACAUAGCAGUGGGAAAGGGAUUGAAGCUACUAAAUAUGAUUAAGACAGACAGUGCAUUACACAAAAAAAUUGUAGAUCUGAGUAAAGGUAAAAAAGUUGUGCUGUUGGUGGGAGAUGAAGUCAUAUACUGCAAUAACAAAAUCUACGAAAAACCAAAAAAUGAAAAGGAAGCAUCGAACUUCCUCAAGUCCUACAACAACAACAAAUGCUAUAGUUACAGUAGCAUCACCUUAAUCGAAUUAGAAACAGAAAAAAUUAUCACAGGAAUUGAUGAAUCUAUUGUUAACAUACACGACAUGGACGAUACAGUGGUGAAAAAAAUACUUGAUGAUUCUUCGAUAUACUUCUGUGCAGGGGCAUUGAAAAUUGAAAAUACUCACAUGCACAAGUAUAUAAAAGUUAUCAAAGGGAACAUUGACAGCAUCUUCGGUUUGUCACUAAAUCUACUUUUCCACCUUGUGAACUUUCUGUGA